GUUUCUGAUGUUGGCUAAGGUAGUCAUGGUUUUUAUUUUCUCUCUACAGGUUCUUGGUGAAAUUCAGGAAAUUGUGAAAACCGGGCUGUGGGUAGGAGAUUGCUUCAUCUACACAAGUUCUGUGAACAGAUUAAACUAUUAUGUUGGUGGAGAAAUAGUCACCAUUGCUCACUUGGACAGGACGAUGUAUCUUCUGGGCUAUAUUCCGAAAGACAACAGGCUUUAUCUGGGGGAUAAGGAGUUGAACAUUGUUAGCUACUCCCUCCUGGUUUCAGUCCUGGAGUACCAGACUGCUGUCAUGCGGAGGGACUUCAGCAUGGCUGAUAAGGUCCUUCCUACUGUCCCAAAAGAACAGAGGACCAGAGUCGCACACUUUCUGGAAAAGCAGGUGAGAGAAGUUACCUCCUCUUUG